AUGGUGAACCUUUUUCAAAUUAAUAAAAGGUUUAUGUAUUGGCCACCGAAAAAUAAAAUAAGAACCUUAAAGUUCCCCUCGGGUAAGAAGAGUUUUAUUUUUAUCGGCAAAAGGGAUGAAGAUGGGAAGGAUGAGCCAGUUCUCUGUUUUGUUGACAACCAAAACCAUAAGUUGACUUGGAUGAACAAAGAGGAGGUCCUAAAUUUCGAAAAAUUGAUGCCUCGACUAGAUACCUAUUUUUCCCUUUACCUAGAAAAAGCCAAAAAGGUCAAAGAGGAUAAUAAAUUGCUUAAUGAAGAAAUGAGCAGAUCAUUACAUGAAUAA